UUUAAAAAUGACAAUUUGCAAAAAUGAAAAAUCUGAGUGCUUUGGGUACUUUCCCUGUCCAAGUCUCAAGAUCUAACUAAGCCCCUACCCAAAAGGAAACCAUCACAUUGGCCGAAAACCAAAAGGGAAACCAUCACCAUAAAGACCAGCUAAGAAAAAAGAGUGCAUCAAAUAAAUCCAAGCAAAAGUAAUAAAAAAAUGUAAAACCAUUUCCUCUGCCUUUUCUCUUUCUUGAUUCAUUUGAAAAAAAAAAAAAAAAACUGUGUUGUAACUGUUUUAUGGGAAAAACAAUUCUUUAUACGACGAGAGGCCAACAUUUUGCAAAAGCAGUCCCAUCAGACAGAUUCCGCAGAGCAAAACACGGAAAACCCAUAUCGAGAAACCGAGUUUCUUGCCAAGAAACGGCGAGUUCGAGUGCGAUCCAAGCCGACUCAGAGGGAUUCAAGCCGAAGGCAAUGGAUAGCUGGGGUGACGAGGACCGGAUUCCGCUGGCUCAGGUGGUUUCCGAGUUGGUUAAAGGAUGGUUUCAAGACGCUUUAAAGGAGGCCAAGGCUGGUGAUACCAAUAUGCAAGUCCUUGUUGGACAGAUGUAUUGCAGUGGCUACGGUGUUCCUAAAGAUGUCCAAAAGGGGCGUGCUUGGAUUGGUAAAGCUUCAAGGAGUCGAUCUUCGGUUUGGCAAGUUAGUGAUAAGCAUCCAGGUUACAACGCAAGUGACUCUGCCUCUGAAGAAUUGAAGGGUGAUGCACUAUAAGGUCAAACUUGUAUUAUUCCUUUCAAAAUUAUCCCUCAAUAAAUAAAUUGUUCCCAAUCAUUGGAUAACUUGCUUUUUGUUAGGGUUAUUCUGUUUCUUGUUACUUAAAGAAAACAUAGUUUCCUCACCGAUGGAAUUAUCAGCUGUAAUCAGACAGCUAUCAUGAUUUUUAUCCCUGUUAUGGUAAUCCAACUGGGGAAUUCUGUUAUGUUAAUAUACUUCUUUGCUUCUGCAUUAGGAAUUUGUAGUUUAUCCAAAAUGGCAUAUCGUUCUGGGUGAAUUGGUUCCUAAAUGCAAUGAAAACAUACACACAGAAAAAUUACUGUAAGCCAACAGAAUCAAGCCUAAAAUGAAAGGAGUCCUGGAUUGAACCAGGCAAUGUUCAUGAAAAUCUACCUGAGAUGUGACUUCAAAGUUGAAGAGAUAUGGGCAAAAGCUGAAACCCCAGAAGCUGUUGUGGUAUAAGGGGGCCCUGGUGAAUCAGAAUCCCCAAUGGUCAGGGGAACAUAAGAGCAUUUCCAACUAUCUAAAGUCCAUGAUGAUAUCUCAUCGGGAAAAGACCAAAUUUUUUCUUUGUAACUCAAAUGUAAAAUUAGUUAUGGACUCUCUUCGAUGAUUUUGGUAAAUGUCUUAAAAUCAAGCAUAAACCUAAGGUUGCCUUUUGGAUG